CUGUUUCAGGACCUCUGUGAGUGUCAUCAUGAUCCCUCCUGUUCUCCACCUGUCGACUAUGUAAUACUGCCAGGUUAUCAUAGAGCCGACGAAUUCCUCGUAGCCAAUUGGCCAAAAGAAUGCGCGGAAUUAUGGCAGCUGAUAUGGUCGCAAAAUUGCCAAACAGUUGUGUUACUGGGUGAAAUCGAUUACUGGACGGGUAUGGAUCAAGUGGACGACCUCACCAUACAGCAUGGGGAAAACUUUGUCCUCUUGCAAAAUAAGGAAGAUCAGCUCUAUGUGCGAAUAGUGGUGGUAUCCCGAGUUGCCCUGGAAUCGGACUUCUGGGGCGAAGUCGAGCGGAUACAGGAAGACCGGCUUGCCUACCACGACGCACCAUUACUUGUUAUCAAUUCUAUACGACCAGACACGGAUCUUUCAAAGAACCACGAAUCUAAAGUGCCAUUUCUAGGCGAACCUUCUCCUUCACUGGCUUACUGCCUUUGCGCACUUACCUCAUUGGCUUGUCAACUGGAGCAGCAAGGAUGCGUCGACGUUGUACUGUUGCUCGCCUCCUAUUCCCAUAUCCAUUGUGGACUAUGGAAUUCCAGGGUGAGUUUCGUGAACUAG